GUUGCCGCGUAAUGGGUUCAAUUUGCCGUUGUUUCUUGACUAAUCGCUUUAGAAACGACUUUAGAAAGCGAAAUGUCGCCUGAAAACUAGAGAAUCUCUCAAGAACGCUCAUCAUUGAUCCACGCUCGAGUCUAAUUGAAGAAUAAAUGAGAUCUGGUUGUUAUACAACGUGUCUCUUCGCGUGAAGUGUACCCCUAUCGAACCGAUGGCGACAACUGUCAACAACAGCCCGUCUGGAGUUCAGACAAGAUUCACAAGACACUCGCGACCAACUCUAUUGAAACGUGUGCAAGGAAACGAUCUUUCAAAAGAGACAAUGCACAUGGAUGGAGGCCAAGGAAAUGGGAAUGUUACUGUCUAUAUGAGACCGAGCCGUGAGCACGUGGACGGCGCGUGUGAGACACUGUCUUACCACGAACAGGUCGAGGGAACUCAGGGAACUCUUGUGGAUAAUGAAGGUGAAAUGGUGAUUAACGGUAAGGAUGUGGGACAUCGUAUGGAUAAUGUAGGGACAGAAGAGGAAACGAAAGCAAGAAGCGGAAGACAAUUAAAGACAAUGGUAAACAGGCUCGCGCCAUCGCCGGGGUUUGUAGACAAGAAUUCCCUUCCUGCUGACCUAAUGAAUCGUCGUCGCGUGCGGCGGGUGGCAAGUAUUAAUGCUGCUGCGAAGGUUAAUGUGUUGUUUGAACCGUCCAGCCCGCUUGCGGGUCGCUCUAUUACUGACAUCAUGACACACUCAAAGAAAAUGCAUGGAGAGGACGAGUGUGAUGAAUUCAGCGAUGAAGGUUAUCCCGUGAAGCAAAGAGGUAGACCACGCCUUGCUAGUAUCUCCACUAACGAUUCCAAUUUUCUAAGACGCCCUGAACUUCUCAGCGAAGCUGCGCAUGAAUUUAUUGGAAAUACGCAUUACCAUCCCGAUGCGGAGAAUUCGAAGAAUUCUACUUCGUUGAAACGUUCCCAAGAUGGCGCCGACUUGGAACUAGGCGGCGCAAAAAAGAUGAAAUUUGAGGCUGGGUUUAUAAGACGAAAUUUUGAACAAAACGGAGACUAUAAUAACACGAUCAUUACUGAAAGAAGAUUUGUGAAAGGCAAAGAGGUUGUUGACGUCGGAUUACAAGUAAAACUUCCCAAACUGAGGUUAGGAAAUGGCGUCGAAUCAUCCAUACAGUGUACAUGUCGGUCAACGACACUUGUGGAUAUCCCUGUGAAAAGCUACGUGAGUACGUACGCUAACGGUACCCUAGUAUCCAUACCUAUCACUAAGACACACCGUUUGACCCCACAUGUCCCCGAGAAACCUUUGCCCGAGCUAACACAGGGCGAUUUGGCUAAUCGGAGUAAGCGUGUCGCGGGCUUGAACUCGCGCGCUAUGCUGCAAGCGAUACUUUCCGAAGAACGGCCGAAACCUCCCGUGCAAGAUGUGUCGAAGACUGUGAAAAAACUGCAACAGAAGAAAUCCUAUUACGAACAUGGAUUAAGUAAUACUGUGCCCAGUAAAUUGAAAAUCCCGAAGAUCAACUUUGCCGCUACUUCUACGUCAAAUUUUGGCGGCCGUAAGAUGGUUAGCAAGACGCCUGGUUCCACCUGGUCAAAAUCUAACCUGCCCUGUCAUGAUGGCCCCAAGAGAACAAAUGGUUGGUACUAUCUCGGAAAACCGAUUAUAAAGCCGUAUUAUUAUAAUGACACAAAAGCGACACGAAAAUAUUACAUCGGAAUCAAGAGAAACGACGAGGUCAUUUACGUUCGUGAUUCGGUGCUGUUGAAGUCUGGACCGCGUAGAAAGGAUCUGCCUUUUGUGGCCCGCGUCUCUGGAUUCUGGGAGGAGGAGAAUGGUCCGCACGCAGGAGAGAUGAUGAUGAGCGUGUUGUGGUAUUAUCGUCCAGAGCAAACUGAGAUGGGAAUGCAGCCUCAUAUUCAUGGCGAGAACGAAAUCCUGGCAUCACGACACAAAGAUGACAACAGCGUCGCUUGUAUUGUGGACAAAUGUUAUGUUCUUAGUUAUCCUGAAUACUGCAGACACAGAGCGGCGACAAAACGCUCACAAGAUUCUCGCGUAUCCUCUGUUACUCCUGUACCACCUGCUGAAUCCACGCAUACCACUAGGGAACGCAUUCCAUCCACGUGUGAUCCCAAACUUGUGUUCUUCUGUCGCCAGAUUUACGAUUACAGAAUGGGCAGAAUCCUAAAAAAUCCACUUUACGUUUGAUUUGGUAAUGGAGUAUUGGCUGUUUGUUUGUGAUUGCAUGGUUCUUAUUUUUUCAAAGUUCACAUUUUUCCAUGGAUAAGAGUUUUGAAAACAUUACUAAAUCUUCGAGGGUGCCUAUAUAAAAUAUAGGGUAAAGGGUGGGAGGUGGGGGGGACAGACUAUAGUGCUGCGUUGCUGUACAUAAAUACUUUGUUUUUGAAAUUAUCCGAAGUUCCAACGCCCAGGAACCAACGGUUUAGAGCCAGUAGAGGUGGAUUAAAACUAGUUUUAUUUAAACUAUAUUAUGUAACCAUGGCUUUGCAAGACAAAACAACAAAAUGAGUGAUAAUGGAUAUUAUUUAUCAAACUAUUUGCUAUAGUAAAUAUAUCUAAACUA